AGGAAAAAAAGAAGAAGGAUUCAAGAAAUGGCACAGGCACACCCUCCAGAAAAGAUUAAAGAAAACCCGGAUCAGCUCGAGAUUAAUAGUGGUAAAAUGAAGGAGAUUACAUGCAGUACUAGUGGUGGUAGUAGUAGUAGUAAUAAUACUAGCGUUCCGUUUAAAUUUAAUGUUCAGGCUCCAGAAUUUGUGCCCAGUGCAUAUAAUAACAAUAGUAAUUCGCCGACACAUAUGCCUGUUUCUGGAUACUUUUAUCCCUGCUUUCAUUAUAUUUCUGGAAAUGAUGGCGCGGCUGAUUGGGUUUAUGUUGGUGAUCAAGAUUCUCUGCAAUUGGUUUCGUCUCCGCCACCUGAGAUUACAAACUAUGCGAAAGAUGUCCUUACAGCUGAACUCAAGCAAAAAAUUAUCAAGCAGGCGGAAUACCAGUUCAGUGCCAUGAGCUUGCUAGCAAACGAGUCCUUGAUAAAACAAAUCAAUAAGGAUCCUGAAGGUUAUGUUCCAAUAUCUUUUAUUGCAUCUACGAAGAAGAUUAAGUCCCUCGUCAGUAAUAGCCAUUCACUUGCACAAGCACUACGAUCCUCUUCAAAGCUUGUUGUAAGCAGUGAUGGAAAAAAGGUCAAGAGAAAACAUCCAUUUACUGAAAAAGACAAAGAGGACUUGCAGUCUCGUACCAUUGUUGUAGAGAAUUUACCCGAAGAUCACUCUCAUCAGAAUCUCGAGAAAAUUUUCAAUGUGGUUGGAAGUGUGAAAACCAUUCGAAUCUGCCAUCCACCAGAUGUCAAUUCUCCCCGCCCCAAAGGAAAUAUUAUUAUCAGUAACAAGCUUCAUGCACUCGUGGAAUAUGAGACCCCUGAACUUGCAGAGAGAGCAGUUGACAAGCUAAACGAUGAAAGGAACUGGAGAAAGGGCCUCAGAGUGACAUUGCUACUCAGACGCUCACCAAAAUCUGUGUUGAAGAACAGAAAGUCAGAAUUUGAUGGGUAUUUUGACGAUGAUUGUGAUGAGGACGACACUCCAGGGCAAGGAAUUCCAGAAAAUUCUUCUCAGCCUAUUAGCUUAGAAUCAGCUGUUGACAAUCUUGCUGAAGAGAGUUCAGCUGCAGCGAAGAAAGGAUGGGCUCGUGGGCGUGGCAAGUCACGACUACGGGCCCCAAUUCAAACCGGACGAGGCUCACUUUUGUCAUCUCCUAUGUCAUCCAGCUCCCCACUGUGUGAAGGAUCAUCAACCAAACAAGCCACAAAAGGACCAAGAAUGCCAGAUGGAACUAGGGGAUUUACCUUGGGACGAGGGAAGCCAAUUUGUACUUCAAGUGCAGCGAUUUCCAAGGAGUAAUAGGAUCAGAUUUGUUACCAGCACCAGUUAAUAGAGAUCAGUGGUAAUAUAUAUUAAUAUACCAUACAUGUAAUGUCAGUUAACUUUUGUUUAUGUAGCUAAUAAUAUGAAACUCUCAACUUGAACAU